AUGGGUACCCAAAAGAAGGAAAAACAAAGAAGAGUCAAGCAGAAUGACACCAGGGAUGGCAACUUACGUGUCAAAGGUGAAAACUUUUACCGAGAUGCCAAAAAGAUCAAGCACUUGAACAUGUACAAGCAAGGCCGGGCCAUUCGAAAUGCCAAAGGUGAUAUCAUCAAGGCCGCCGAUUUGCAGAGCACCGAUGCUCCAAUCGCAAGAGUCGAUCCCAACAGAAAGUGGUUUGGCAACACCAGGGUCAUUGCCCAGGAUGCCUUGAGCCACUUUCGAGAGGCAAUGGGGGAAAAGAAGGACGAUUCGUACCAAGUGUUGCUAAAGAGAAACAAGUUGCCAAUGUCUUUGCUCGACGAAAAGGACCGAACAGAGAGCCCGACGGCCAAGAUUGUUGAAACAGAGUCGUUUGCAUCCACUUUUGGUCCAAAGCAGCAGCGCAAGAAACCGAGGGUGGCAGCCUCGUCGCUCGAGGAUUUGAUGACCUCUGCCGAGCAAGACCACACCACCUUCAGCGAAAAGCAAGAGCUCGACGCCACUUUGGGGCUCAUGGGGGGCUCGAUAUUGGACAAGGACGAUUUCACGCAAGAAGCAAAGGAGGCGAUUUUCCACAAGGGGCAAAGUAAGAGAAUCUGGAACGAGUUGUACAAAGUGAUUGAUUCAAGUGACGUGGUCAUACACGUGCUAGAUGCUAGAGAUCCCCUUGGAACACGCUGUGCCAGCGUUGAAAAGUACAUCAAAGAAGAAUGUUCUCAUAAGCAUUUGAUCUAUGUAUUGAACAAGUGUGACUUGGUCCCGACAUGGGUAGCGGUAUGUAUACUAACAGAUUACAUUUUACGAAAAAAACAAGAAAACAGAAAAAAAAGCAGCAUUACGAAAGUUCCAAAGCAUUUUAGUCAGGGUGAUAUUCGAUCAGCAAGAUCCACCUUCACAAUAUUGCCUGUUACAUCUUUGGAAAAUCAACUACUAUGGCUUUUUCAGUGGGCUUUUACCCUUUGCUCGUUUUGAGCAAUGUUGGUUUUGCUCCUCGUCGAUAGUCUUUAUCGACAGUUAAGCCAAGUACACGGAAUCUUUUUUUGAGUUGAAACUAGUCAGUCCAAGAGGACGUUGAACCAUUAGUUUCGUAGUAUAGAAUCCAACAUUUUUUUUUUUUGCUUUCUUCUUUUUUUUUGGCUUUUGCAAAGGCAUUAUAGAAGAAGUGAAACUUGAAGGAGUGCAAGUACUAGGUGAAUGUUACUAACAUGUUUUAUUCAUUACAGGCCGCAUGGGUUAAACAUUUGUCCAAGUCUUACCCGACAUUGGCAUUUCAUGCAUCAAUUACAAACUCGUUUGGGAAAGGGUCCUUAAUUCAACUUUUAAGGCAAUUCUCCACUUUACAUUCCGACAGGAAGCAGAUAUCUGUCGGGUUCAUAGGAUAUCCAAACACAGGCAAGUCGUCCAUAAUCAACACCUUGCGUAAAAAGAAAGUUUGCACGGUUGCACCAAUACCGGGGGAGACCAAAGUGUGGCAGUACAUUACGUUAAUGAAGAGGAUUUUUCUCAUCGACUGUCCAGGUAUAGUGCCGCCAAGCGCGAAAGAUACCGAAUCAGAUAUCCUAUUUCGAGGCGUGGUUCGUGUAGAGCAUGUGUCAAAUCCGGAGCAGUACAUCCCAGAUAUGCUCAAGAAAUGCGAGCGGAAACAUUUGGAGCGGACGUAUGAAAUCAAGGGCUGGAGCAAGUUUGAAGAGGACCCAUCGUUGUUGGAGCAAGCCAGUAUAGAGUUUAUUGAGUUGAUAGCGAGAAAGGGAGGCCGGCUUUUGAAAGGUGGCGAGCCAGACGAAAGUGGUGUUGCUAAACAGAUUCUUAAUGAUUUCAAUCGCGGAAAGAUACCGUGGUUUGUGCCGCCCCCGCAGGACGACGAGGUGAGAACGGGCGAGGAUAAGAAGGCUGGAUACAAGCGGAAGAGGGCAGAAAAGGACGAACUGCCGUUGAAGAAAGCCAAGGUUGAACAACAACAACAAGAGGAGGGAGCAGAAAAUGAAGCGGAUGAGAAUGAGGAUGAGGAAGCAGAAGAGGGGUAA